AUGUUUAAGCUUCAAUGGCUUGUUGCAACUCUAGCUUGCUUGACUUUUUGCAUAGGAGACAAUGUUUCAUAUGAUUCAAAUGCGAUAAUUAUCAACGGAGAACGACGUAUUAUCUUUUCAGGCUCAAUUCAUUAUCCACGCAGCACUGAAGCAAUGUGGCCUGAUCUUAUUCAAAAAGCUAAAGAUGGUGGACUUGAUGCAAUUGAGACAUACAUUUUUUGGGAUCGUCACGAGCCACAACGACGAAAAUAUGAUUUCUCUGGACGUUUAGAUUUUAUUAAAUUCUUCCAGCUCAUCCAAGAUGCUGGACUUUAUGUUGUCAUGAGGAUUGGUCCUUACGUGUGUGCCGAGUGGAACUACGGAGGCUUUCCAGUGUGGUUGCACAAUAUGCCAGGAAUCCAACUCCGUACUAACAAUCAAGUCUACAAGAAUGAAAUGCAAACUUUCACGACAAAGAUAGUGAAUAUGUGUAAACAAGCCAAUCUCUUUGCUUCACAAGGAGGGCCAAUAAUAUUAGCUCAAAUCGAGAAUGAGUAUGGAAAUGUGAUGACACCAGCUUAUGGAGAUGCAGGAAAAGCAUAUAUCAAUUGGUGUGCUCAAAUGGCCGAAUCUCUCAAUAUUGGCGUUCCAUGGAUCAUGUGCCAACAAAGUGAUGCCCCACAACCUAUCAUUAAUACGUGCAAUGGAUUCUACUGUGACAACUUUACUCCGAACAAUCCUAAGAGCCCAAAAAUGUUCACUGAAAAUUGGGUGGGAUGGUUCAAGAAAUGGGGCGACAAAGACCCUUACAGAACUGCAGAAGAUGUAGCAUUUUCUGUGGCAAGAUUUUUUCAAUCUGGCGGCAUCUUCAACAAUUAUUACAUGUAUCAUGGAGGCACCAACUUUGGAAGAACAUCGGGAGGUCCAUUCAUCACUACAUCUUACGAUUACAACGCCCCACUUGAUGAGUAUGGGAACUUGAAUCAACCUAAAUGGGGGCAUCUCAAACAACUCCACGCAUCAAUCAAGUUAGGAGAGAAGAUUCUCACUAACGGCACACGCUCAGACCAAAACUUUGGUAGCUCUGCAACUUUAACGAAAUUCUUUAAUCCAACAACAGGGGAGAGGUUUUGCUUUCUAAGCAACACAGAUGGAAAAAAUGAUGCCACCAUAGAUCUACAAGCAGAUGGAAAAUAUUUUGUACCAGCUUGGUCUGUGAGCAUUCUUGAUGGUUGCAACAAGGAGGUUUACAACACUGCAAAAGUAAAUUCUCAAACGUCUAUGUUCGUGAAGGAGCAAAAUGAGAAGGAAAAUGCACAACUCUCGUGGGCUUGGGCUCCAGAACCUAUGAAAGACACACUGCAAGGAAAUGGUAAAUUUGCGGCAAACCUUCUUUUGGAACAAAAAAGGGUCACGGUUGAUUUCAGCGACUACUUCUGGUACAUGACGAGUGUUGACACUAACGGAACAUCUUCACUUCAAAAUGUGACUCUCCAAGUGAAUACAAAGGGUCAUGUUCUUCAUGCUUUCGUUAAUAAAAGAUACAUUGGGUCGCAGUGGGGGAGUAAUGGCCAGAGUUUUGUGUUUGAGAAACCGGUUCUACUAAAAUCAGGAACCAACACAAUAACUCUUUUGAGUGCCACAGUUGGGUUGAAGAAUUACGACGCAUUUUUUAAUGUGAGACCCCUUGUUGCACAUUGA